AUGUUAGCGAAGAAGCGCAGCAUAUGUUUCCUUGACUCUUCGUCGAUACGGGGUCUGGAGUCGCAAGGCGCAAAAGAAAAGAAACAAGGCCGAAGAGAGAGAAAGAGAGAUUUAAAGCAUGCAUUAAUAUAUUUCAUCAUGCUGGAGCUUCUUCCUGCUGGGCCGCUGGCUGCUGCUGCUGCUAAUAAUAAUAAUAAACUAGCCUGCCGCUUCUGCUGUCUGGCCGACUCAUGCUUCGUUCGCCCUCGAGAAGUAAGACAAGACAAACCGCUGCGAAACGAGGCAGAGGAGAGGUCGUUCGACCUGUGCAAGUUCCUUAAGCUUCUGCUCCUGCGGAGACCGAAUGCAGAGCGAAGUGGCCGGCGCAUGAAGCAGUCACUUUUAUAA